AAGAAGUAUUACACAGGAAGUAGAACACAUGCUCAUAUCUCUCAGAAACCCACUAUUUCCUCCAGCAUUGACAGCGAUGAACAACCUCGGCUGCACCCUCCUGCUUAUGUGCACGGUGACUAUCACCACCUUCGUCUCUCUGGCUUUCAACAUUGACACGAGCGGCCCCGAGAUCUACGAGGGGGAGGGAAAAGACUUCUUCGGGUACAAAGUUCUCCAGUUUCAGUCGGACCAGGGCACAGGGGUUUUGGUCAGUGCGCCCCUGCAGCAAAACGGAUCCGGGGAAGUCUGUAGAUAUGUUCAAGGCAAAAAAGACGGCUGCAGCUCUCAAGAUAUCGGGUCAACGGAAAUCGAGCAUUUUGUCUCAAUCAAGCAUUUCGGAUUGUCUUUGACCAAAAAGUCAGCACGCUCCGAAUUCACAGCUUGCAGCCCCAGUCUGGUCCACGAGUGCUACGAGAACCAUUAUCUGAACAGUAUGUGCUUCGACUUUGACGAUCGGCUGCGCUUAAUUUCCAACACCACGCCCGCCUUCCAAGAAUGUACAAAGAAAACAGUGGACCUUGUCUUUCUAUUUGAUGGAUCAGCAAGUAUGACCUCCGAGGAGUUUAACAAGAACAAAGUUUUCAUAGUUGAGAUGAUGAAGAGCUUUCAAAACUCAUCAAUCAAGUUUGCUGCCGUUCAGUUCUCCUCAGACACUCGAAAGGUUUUUGACUUCAAUGACUACCAAGAUGGAAGGGCUGAAAGCAACCUUGACAAAGAACCGCACAUGGCGAAACUCACCAACACAAACUGGGCCCUGAAAUAUGUGUUAGAGAGUAUUUUGGAAAACCCAGCUGCUGGCGCCUCUCCAGAUGCAACUAAGGUUGUGGUUGUGAUCACCGAUGGGAACCCCAGUGACCCCGACGACAAAGAACUUAUCCGGAAGUAUGAUAACAAAAACAUCGUUCGACUGGUCAUUGGGGUCAAAAACACUGAAAUGGAAAAACUUCGUUACAUCGCUUCAGCGCCCAAAACUAAUAACACCUUCCAAAUCGAAGACUAUCAAGGACUCCCGAAAAUCCUGGAAAAUUUUCAAAGAAAGAUUUUUAACAUUGAAGGCUCCACAGCGGCACUGUCUGACAACUUGGGUGAUGAACUGUCUCAGACUGGAUUCAGUGCUAUCUACCACAAGGAUACCUUGGUGCUGGGUGCUGUGGGAACGAAUGGAUGGCAGGGUUCUCUCUAUGAGCUGCAUGGCCCAGACUCGGUUGUGAAACCAAUUCAGGAUCCCGACAUAAAGAACAACUCCUACAUGGGAUAUGCUCUUGCUGCUGGGGAGAAGAACAAGACUACUCUAUAUUUCACUGGUGCACCGAGAUUUGAGCACAAGGGACAAGUCGUACUGUUCAGACGAGAUGGCGACAACUGGAUCGUGGCACAAAGACUGAAUGGGGAGCAGAUCGGUUCUUACUUCGGGUCAGAGGUGAGCGCACAUGAUGUUGACUCAGACACGAACACAGACUUCCUGCUGGUAGGCGCACCACUGUUUUACCAACCUCGGGAGAAGAGAGAAGGACAGAUCUACAUCUACAUGUUGACUGAUCAGCUGGAACUGAAAAGUGUGAUGACCAUCUCUGAAGCAUCCCAGGGCAGAUUUGGUACCACCAUCUCUACACUUGCUGAUCUGAAUGGAGAUGAUCUCAGAGAUGUGGCUGUUGGUGCUCCGCUCGAGGAUGACAACAGGGGCGCUGUGUACAUCUACCUUGGUGACAAACGCACGGGAAUACGCGACAAUUUUAGCCAGAGAAUCGCGGCGGAGACGAUAAACCCACAGGUGCAGCUCUUCGGACAGGCAAUAGAUGGGAACAUUGAUCUAGGUGACGACGGACUGACUGACAUCGUGGUUGGUUCACGCGGACACGCAGUUGUCUUAAGGUCCAGGCCUGUCUUAAGUGUCUCUCCUAAGCUGAGCUUUGGACCCCAGGAGAUAAGCACUGAAAACAUUGACUGCCUGAGUUCCACAAAUACUGCUCCACUUAUGGGUAUCUUGUCAGUGUGCUUUUAUAUGACAGAAUUAACCCUGAGCAAGGCAGGGGCACAGAGUCCUGGACUGAAUAUUUCGUAUACACUAGACGUGGAUCCAAUGAGACACACAAACAGAGGCUUCUUCAGUGAAACGGACAAGGGAGUGAGGCAGCUUCAGUCCACCGUGGCGCUGAGGGAUAAACACAUCUGCUUCAAACAUCCUGUCCACAUGGAAAAAUGUGUGAAAGACAUAUUAUCUCCUGUCGUCAUCAGAUUAAGAUUUUCCCAACAUGAAACAAAGAACACGACUGCUAUCCUAAAUGUGGACAGUGCUACACAGUCCCUUCUUGAGGUACCCUUUGAAAGGAACUGCGCAAGAAACGACACCUGCAUAGCGGAACUUGAAGUAGACUUCAAUUCCACUUCUCCAACUUUACUGGUGGUGGACCAGGACUACUUUAAUGUGACUGUUUCGCUGUCCAAUAUUGGAGAUGACUCCUACAACACCAGCCUCAUACUGCACUAUCCUCCGGGCUUGUCCUUCUCCAUGAUGAACGUCGUGAAGGCAACCAAGCUAUAUAUGCAAGGCUUAUAUAGCUGUGAUGGCCUACAGGAUGUAGUGGACGAGGCUACAUGUCGAAUCACCUUUCCUGUCUAUCGCAGCGGAGCCUCUGCAACAUUCCUGGCUUUAUUCCGCAUCAUCGGGACCUAUGAGUGGAACAACACCAUGACAAUGACCAUCAGUGGACAAAGUGAUAAUGAAAACUCAACUAGAGGGUCCAUGAACAAAACCAUCCCUGUGCAAUUUCAAAUUGAUUUGGCAGCAAGUGUGAAUGAAGACACAAUCACCUAUCUCAGCUUUACUCCAGAGGACAGCGCACCGAAAACAGUAGUGAUCAUCUACGAGGUGAAAAAUCUGGGUUUGAAGGCUUUACCCGUCAGCAUGUCACUGAUAAUCCCAACUAAACUGCAGCAUAACUUUGAAAUGAACAACUAUCACGUCUCAGUUGAACAGAGCAAAUCCCAGUGCAGUGAGAUGGCCAACAUAACAACUGAUUCCUGUUCACCUGAACAAAACUGCAAAUCCAUAAUUUGCAGCAGUUAUAUUCUUGAUAUAGGUUCAACAACUCGUUUUAAUCUGAGGGGAGAAGUAGCAUUUCGGGACAUCGAGGAGCAUGUGGCGAAUAUGUCAUUUCUAAAUACAUUUACUGGACAAGUUGAAGAGGUUGUAUUCAAAAGCUUCAUGGAAGUUCACUAUGACACACAACUCUAUGUUUUGCCACCACAUGAACAAGAGACGAGAGAGGUCCCAACAAGAUUUCCUACAGCACAGACCAACAUUCGGGUGGAGUUCAUAGUUGCCCCUGAUAAAAUGCGGAUCAUUGGAGCUGGGGUUGGAGGGGGGUUCUUGCUUCUGAUUAUCACGGCUGUGGUAAUGUAUAAGAUGGGAUGCUUUAAGAGGAAAACGCGCAAGUAUUACGAAGAGGACAUGGAGCGUACGGCCUCUCAGAAAAGUGAUCAGCCUGACAUAGCGUCUGCUGCCCCAGGCAAUGAGCCAGAGACUGAGAACCAGUCUGAGGCAAGUGCAGAGGAAAAACUACUCGACAGUAAAGACCACGGCAAUAACGGUGUUCCUGCUAGCCCUACUGGGGAGUGAUCCAAUAUAACAUAAGAAAAUACAACUAUCACAACUCGGGCAACAGAUUUUAAUGCUGGGAUUAUCUGAAGUAUGCAGACUCAAUUUAAAAAAAAUAAAUAAGUGAAAAUGAUAAAAGUUGCAACAGCCAAGAACUAAAGCCCUUUUCAGGAAUUACAUUGAAUAAUAAAUUAUUACACUCAUUAUGGUGUACUGUUACUUUUGAGAGUGCAUCAAUUUGAGCCUCUUUCAUUUGUCUAUUUGGCUUGAACUUAAUAGUUAAUGUGAGAGUUGUGUAUUUGUUGAGCGAGGCCCCUUAAAGGAGUAGUUCAGAAUUGAAGUGUUGAAGUUUAUCCCAAUUUUAUACUCACUGCUUAUGUAGUACAUAGGAUGGCUUCAUUUUCAACCAUCCAUCAUUUUCUUCAUACUGGACAUGCAGUUAAUGGAGAACAAAUCCACAAUCCUCGUUCAGUGCCAAAGGAAAAAAAAGCAACCUACACUUCAGGCAAAGCUCACAUGAUGCUACAGCAGUCUAUCGUAGCGACUUCCACCCAUUUUCCACACCGCUGAUCCUGCUCUCAGGGUCGCGGGGAUGCUGGAGCCUAUCACAGCAGUCAUUGGGCGGCAGGCGGGGAGACACCCUGGACAGGCCGCCAGACUAUCACACAGGUCCGACAUAUACACACCCACAUUCAUACCUAGGGACAAUUUAGUGUGGCCAAUUCACCUGACCUACAUGUCAUUGGACUGUGGGAGGAAACCGGAGCCCCUGGAGGAAACCCACGCAAACACGGGGAGACAUGCAAACUCCACACACGACGACCCAGGACGACCCCCAAGGUUGGACUACCCCGGGGCUCGAACCCAGGACCUUCUUGCUGUGAGGCGACCGCGCUAACCACUGCGCCACCGUGCCGCCCCAUAGCGAAUUCAAGUGGUCAUUUUAAAAAUUGACAGUGCAAAUUCCCUCUUAGUGUUUGCUUUGCUGCGGUAGAGUAGCUCUUUCUGGUUUCCUACCUUGUCAAAUUGUACUACGUUAGCACAAAUGUAUGGUAUCCACAACCCAAAUCCAAUCCUAACCUUAACCGGCGCCUGCACAUUAACACUCGGUAGGACAACACAGCAAACAUGUCCGGAGAAGUUCAAUUCUAAAAACAAUUCUUUCAGCAUCAACAUAAAAGAAAGCAAAAUAAAGGAAGGCUGCUUACAGCUUGAGGCUACUCCAAUGUGAAAAAAUAUUGAAAAUUAGAAAAUACUGAUUUUCUAAUUUUCUGUUUUGUCCUGUGGCACGUUUUAUGCCCCCCCCCACACACUUUGAGAGCAGCAGCCAUAUUUUAUUGCAUUAUCAACAAAAAUAUGAAUUUUGUCAGUUACGAUGGGCAAUCUAGUGCAUGAACGGGAUUUGGAGGGAAGGAGGAAGCAAAGCAUGGGGACUUUUUUUUUCCAGGGGUGUUUGUCAAGAACGCUCCUCCCUCUAAAUGUACCUAGCAGCAGCUUUAAGGGUGGACUGUGUUGUCAUACUCCACCCAUAUGGGAUACAGGUGCUAGCGUAGGCCGAUCCGAGGCCCAAGGCCUAAACGAUAAAACAAGAACAAAAGUUAAUUCGUUUAAUCGCCCGAUACGCCUACAAGCCUACUUUUUUUUCCGAAGAUCUACAUUUUUAAUAUAAGCGUCGAAAAAAAAUGUUUCAUAUUCAUAGAACUUCAUAUUCUAUGGGUGGAUUUGUACACCAUGACCAAGGAGAUUAUUAAUCGUUGGAUUCUGAGAGAUUUUACUGGCCAAGAAAAUGGUAAUUAAUCACUAACAGAAACCCUGCCAUGGAGUGGUUCUUUAGAUGAGCGAGGAUUGUGGAUUUGUAUGCCAUUAAAUGUACGGAACUGAAGCUGUGUGUCCCGUACAAAGAAACGGAUGGAUGACUGA